ACCCCACCCUUAACCAUGGUUGAAUCCCCUGACCAAUCCUGGUUAGCCUCCCGCUGCCUCUCUAUUAAUCACCCCUCGCUCACUCCACUCACGGCCUUCACUCUCGCUCUUUCUCGCUCUGUUCUCGCAGCAACUACUAAAGUGCUAACCUUCACCAUGUGCGCACUACGCCCCCUCGCCGCCUUCCUCCUCCUCCUGUGCUCCGCCGCCGCCGUCGUCUCUGCCCACAACAUCACCGCGAUCCUCGAGGGCUUCCCCGAGUACUCGCUCUUCAACUCCUACCUCAGCCAGACCAAGCUGGCCGACGAGAUCAACAGCCGCCAGACCAUCACCGUCCUCGCCCUCGACAACGGCGCCAUGGCCGACCUCGCCGGCAAGAAGCCCCUCUCCGUCAUCAAGAACGAGCUCGCCAUCCACGUCGUCCUCGACUACUUCGACCCCCAGAAGCUCCACCAGAUCCCCAAGGGCUCCACCCUCUCCACCACCCUGUACCAGACCACCGGGAACGCCCCCGGCAACACCGGCUUCGUCAACAUCACCGACCUCCAGGGCGGUAAGGUGGGGUUCGGCGCCGCCGCCCCCGGGUCGAAGCUCGACUCGUCGUACACCAAGUCGGUGAAGCAGAUCCCCUACAACAUCUCCGUGCUCCAGAUCAGCGCCCCCAUCAUGGUCCCGGCGAUCCUCGCCGCCCCGGCGCCGUCGUCGUCGGACGCGAACGUGACGGCGCUGCUCGAGAAGGCCGGGUGCAAGACGUUCGCGAGCCUCCUCGUGUCGAGCGGCGUCAUCAAGACGUACCAGACGGCGAUGGCGAAGGGCCUGACGGUGUUCGCGCCCAACGACGAGUCGUUCAAGGCCAAGGGCGUGCCCGACCUGAGCAAGUUCACCAAUGCCGAGCUCGUGUCGCUCCUGCUGUACCACGCGGUGGCGGACUACACCCCCAUCGGCUCCCUGAAGACGAGCAACGCCCCGAUCAGCACCCUCGCCACGAACGGCGCCGGCAAGUACGACUUCUCCGUGAAGACCGCCGGCGACUCCGUCACGCUCGACACCGGGGUCGACUCCUCGCGGGUGGCCAGCACGGUGCUCGACUCCACGCCCGUCGCGAUCUUCACCGUCGACAGCGUCCUCCUCCCCGCCGAGCUGUUCGGCAAGUCCCCCUCCCCCGCGCCGGCGCCGGAGCCCGUGACCGCGCCUUCCCUGGCCCCGGUCAGCCCAGCUCCGGACCCGGCGGCGAAGGCCCCGUCGCCCCUGGCGGCCUCGCCUCCGGCACCUCCCACGGCGACGCCGGGGGAUGCUCCGGCGGCCGGCCCGGCGGCGGUGGAGUCCGCGGACAGCAAGUCGGACAACGCGGCCGGCGACUCGAGGGCUCCGGCAUUGCUUGCGGCGGUCGUCGCCGUCUCCGCCACCGUGGUUUCUUCUCUCCUCAUGUCCUGAGUUGUAAUUUCCACGUCGAUUUUUUUUUUGUCCCCCUCUUUUUUCUUUUCUUCAUUUUCAUUUUUUUGGCCACUUCUUCUCACCCUUCCGCUGUUGCCUUUGCUCCUCUUUCUUCGCUGAGACAUUCGAUUAAUUUAAUUUUAUGCCGAAUUUCUUUUA